AUUUGAUCCAAGAUUGAUGGUAUAUUCGAGUCGGUUAUACUGCCAGAUACCUCGUGCGGCCCGGGGGAUUACCUUUUCUGCCCAAGCUUAUCGUCCAAGCUGGUCUUGGUGCAGGUCAGGUGUAAGAUCUUUGAGGACCAGUACAAAAUUACAAGAUGAAGGUGAAUUAUUCAAGGACGUACUACUUUCGAAAACACUAACGGCAAACAAGCUAAUCCAGGAUAAUGAGUACAUUCGAUGUACCAUAUUUGAUAAGAAGGGAGACAUAACAAUGCAAAAUAAAGACUUGAAACGUCAGGAAUUCAUGAAAAAGUAUGGUUUGGCAGCUCGAGAUUUUCGUAAGAUAUCUCGUCAUCACCAUAAUCUUAACUCAGGUCCAGCUAGUUCUAGCUCUACAAUCAAUGUGGACAUUGUUCCUUCGAUAGUGACUAGAAAUGACUUGAUUCUUUUGAAUUUAUUGAACAUUCGUGCAUUGAUUAAGCAUGAUACUGUGGUAAUCUUUGAUACUUAUUCGUCAUCAUCUGCAUCUAGAUUCAAUGAAUCUCAUAGCCAUGGAAUUUUUCUAAAACAACUUCAACAACGAUUGAGGUCGUCUUAUGAGUCGUUGCCUUUCGAAUUCAAAGUAUUAGAGGCUAUCUUAGUAAAUGUAAUUGGUAACUUGAAUACCGAAUUGAAGGUUCAUAAAACAGUUCUUCAUAAUAUCUUGGUUGGUUUGGAAAAAUCAAUCGAGAGAACUAAGCUUAGAUACUUGCUUAUUCAAUCUAAGAAAGUUACUCAGUUUCAUCAAAAGGCUUCUUUAAUUAGAGAUUUAUUAGCUGAUCUAAUCGAACAAGAUGAUGAAUUAAAUGCAUUAUAUUUGACAGACAUCAAUAACAAUUUACCAAGAUCUCUAACAAACCACGAGGAGGUCGAGCUAUUGCUCGAAUCGUAUCUAAAAACUAGUGAUGAAAUCGUUCAAACUCUCGAAAGUUUGAAAUCUCAAAUUAAAACCAGUGAAGAAAUUAUCAAUAUUGUUUUAGAUACAAAUCGUAACGAACUCAUGGUUCUUGGUUUAAAAUUCUCAAUCGGUUUAUUAUCGAUGGGUAUUACAAUGUAUAUAGCUGCCUUAUACGGUAUGAACUUGGAAAAUUUUAUAGAAGAGUCUGACGGAGGCAUGGAAUUAGUGGUUGUUGUUGGGAUGAUUUCAAUGGUUGUUUUAUUUAUAUUCAGCUAUAAACAAUUGCAAAGAUUACAGAAAAUAACCAUGUCGGGAGUUGGAAGAGAAGAUCUUCGUAAACAAAUAAGAAUGAAACGGUAGAAGAACCUACAUGCUGUUCAGUUUUUUU